AAGUGUGUUUUUAAUUUUCUAGGUUAUUUGCUUUUUAUUUAAAUCCCGCAGAAAAAAAAAGACCGAAAAUGAUUCGUUAUUUAUUAAAUGUGUCGUAUAUCGGGACUGCUUACAAAGGUGUAACAAUGAUUGAACCGUAUUAUCGUUUUCGCGAUCUCAGAACCGUUCAAGGCGUCGUUGAACUUGCAAUAAAAAAAUUCUUCAAGGAGCGUUGUGAAGUCAUGUGUUCAUCCCGCACUGAUGCUCGUGUACAUGCGAUCCAUUCAACGUUUCAUUUCGAUGUGAAACAAAGCGGCACCAAACUUCAAUUGGAGACUGAAAACGAAAAAAUGGAAAUAAUUGCUACUUUAAAUGAGAAUCUGAAAUAUCAAAAUGCGGCAAUUCGAAUUAGCGACAUAAACCGUGUUGAUGAAAAAACAUUUUCCGCAUUUCGAAAUGUAGAAAGUCGAUCGUAUAUGUAUCGUAUAGCAAUAACAUCGAGAAAUAAGCGCGGUGAAUGUAUUGUGCCCAUUGAAGAAGUGGAUCGUUGUUAUUUUGUAGAAUGCGAUACUUUUGACAUGGAUAAGUUUAAAAGAGCCGCACAAUUGUUUGUUGGAAGGCAUGAUUUUCGAAGUUUUAUGAAAUACUCACAGGAGGAAAAAACACAAGGUGUCUGUUAUGCUCAACGAAAAUUGAUUUCGGUCACCGUGGAACCAUCAAAAACUUCAACAAUUUCUUUAAAUGGCAGCGAUAAACAUUUUCAGUUUUAUGAUGUCACAUUUACUGGGAAUUCCUUCGUUUAUCGGCAGAUUCGAAAUAUAAUGGGCGCACUAUGUGCAUGUGCACAAAAUCGAAUUACUGAACGUGAUAUCUAUGAAUUGCUGACAAUUCCGUCACAUAAAUCGUGGAAAAUGUUGAAGUAUCAGGAGCUAGUUGAAACAGCGCCUGCUCAUGGACUUUAUUUUAUUGGAAUCAAUUACAAACCCGAAAAAGAAUGGACUUUAGAACCGAUAGAAACUUCAUCGCGUGGCUUACGAAUGAAAUCAUUUUUAUUAUUGAAAGAUACAGUAGUACCGUGAAUAAAAUAGUAAAAAACGAA